AAAGGGCCUUUCCAUCUGGCCCAGAUGCCUCAAUGAAUGAUGGGCCCCCAGGGGCCCCGGUCUGGUUUCCAGAGGUGAAACGGUUUAUGGGCCCGUCGAUGUGUCCUCAACUGGUCCACACCUGGCCCGGUUCUGGACACAUGGGCCACAUCUGGCCCAGACCAGCAGAACCGAUGGGUCCGAACAGGAAGCUCGACGUUCCGGUGUACGAUCUGUCUGCGGUCCGAGGAAUCUGGGAGGUCCGAGUGAAGAAGUACAGAACCAGGCAGAAGAAGGAGCAGGAGAGGGUGGAGAACAGCGCCCUCGCCAGGAUCGAUCAGCAGUGGCAGUACCGCAUCUACUGCAAGAGCAUGAAGGCCAAAGAGCUGCAGCAGCUGCACCACUACCUGGAGAGAUCGCUGCUGACGGAGCCACCGCCGUACGGAGGACACCUGGACCGGAAUACAGACGUCCAGCAGGAGGAUCCAAGAGUCCAGCAGGACGAGGAUCAUCCGGAUCGGAAGGAUCUGAUCUUCCGGCUGGAAGGAGAUCGCUGGCUGGAUUUUCCCCGGGAGCUGCAGUGGACCACCUACCUGCAGGAGUGGCACGUCAGACGGACUCGGAUCCGCCAGCUGCCCGACUUCCUGGCUCUGUUCACGCAACUCACCGUCCUCGAGAUUCCCAGAAACCUCAUCGCGGAUCUGCCGCCUCAGAUCGGGAAGCUGGCGGCGCUCCGCAGGCUGAACGUCAGCUACAACCGCCUGUCCAGAGUUCCUCCGGAACUCGGAGACUGUGAGAAGCUGGAGCGUCUGGAACUGGCCGGAAACCUGAGCCUGAGCGAACUGCCCUUUGAGCUCAGCAGCCUGAAGCAGCUGGUCCACCUGGACAUCUCGGAGAACCGGUUCGCCUCCAUCCCCAUCUGCGCCCUGAGGAUGAGUCGCCUGCAGCUGCUGGACCUCAGCAACAACCAGCUGAGCGACCUGCCGCAGGACAUGGACAGGCUGCAGGAGCUCUCCACCCUCUACGUCCAUAAGAACAGCCUGUCGUACCUCCCAGUUUGUCUCACCAACAUCUCCAGUCUGAAGAUGGUGGUUGCCAGUGGCGACGCGCUGACCUGCGUCCCGACCAAACUCUGCAACGACCCGGAGAUCAAGUUCAUCCGUCUCUAUGACAACCCCGAGAAGAGGAGGAAGAAGGAAGAAGAGGAGAAGAAGACGAAUGAGAAGAGGAGGAGGUGGAGGGAGCAGGAGGUGAAGGACGGCAGUGAGAAGGAGUUCAUGGAGGCGUACAUCAGCACGCUGAAGGACAGAGACACCGUACCCUUCUCCACCACCAAGGUCUCCAUCUCAUGCCUGCUGUGAUGGACCGGAACCAGAACCGGACCCGUUCUGCAGAGUCCAGUCGGGUCUGAACAGCUGCUGGACGUGGGUCCAGAUCCUGGUUCUGAUGGUUCUGGAGGUUCUGAAGUCGCCCAGAAGGUUCUGGUUUUUCUUGUUGGGUUUUAUUUCAGUUUAAAUUCCGGAUUUUAAAACGUCUCCAAGUUUUAACAGAAUCAGGAAAUAAGAAUAAAAUCAUAAACAGCAGCAAAACAUCAGAACCUAAA